CCCAGAGGACGGCGAGGUGGAGAACAUGGUCGCCGCCGUGGACCUCAACGGCGACAGCGUCGUCAGCUACGAGGAGUUUGAGCUCAUGAUGGUCGCUGCCGGCCGUGGCUCGGCUGCCGGGAGCAAAGCGGCAAGCGGCUUCGCCCACGUGGUGCACCGCCUCAUCCGCAUGCCAGAGAUCGCGGCUCUCAUCAUUGCGGAGGCCAACAACUUCGUGCACAAUUUCAGCCAGCAGCACCGUGAUACCUUUGCUGGGCUUACAACACCCGACGUCUCGGCUGGCGAACAGCUGCCCGCCUACUACGACGCGUGGCAGAUGUUCAAAGAGGAGGGAGAGCUGAUGAUGCAGAGCACGAUGCUGCUCUGGGGUACGGCCCAGAUGAAGACAUUCGAGCCAGAGUUCUUGGAGGAGAUGAACCAGACCGGCAUAUUGGAUUCGUUCCUCAGGUAUUUGGAUUAUCCUGCCUUCAUCAAGCUGAUGUACACUGUUGCUGCACAGCAGCCGCAGCAGUCCGACCAGCACCCGGCGGCGGCGGGCAUCGCGAGGCCGCAGACGCCGCUCGGUGGCGGCUCCGUGCAGAGGAGGCCGCGCGGCUCGGGAGGAGCGGCGGCGACGGCGAUCGGCGCCGCCGAGGCCGCGAAGCGCGUGGGCGCGCUGCGCGAGGAACGCGCGGCGCUGCUGGGGCGCCUGGGGGAGAUAGAGGGCGAGCUCGCCGCGGAGCUCGCCCUCUAUCGCGCCGAGCGGGCUGGCGCGGGCGCCGCGGGCGCUGAGCCCGCCGACGGGGCCGCGCCCGCGGGCGCCGCCGAGGGCGCCGCCGAGGGCGCCGCCGAGGGCGCCGCCGGGGCCGCCCCCCCUGCGGCCGCCGCCGCUGCGGCCUCCGACGCCGACGGCGCGGCCUCGGCGGAGGCGCUGCUGAAGGCCGCGCGGAGGGCCGCAGCGGCGCGGCUAAGAGCUGCCAAGAGGGCCGGGGGGGCCGAGGCGGCGGUCGCGGCCCUGGAGGCUGCCGCGGCCGCGGCGGAGCAGGCGUGGGCGGCGGCGCGGGCGCCGCGCCGAGGCGAGCUGGCCGUGCGGCGGGCGCGCGAGACGUGCGCCAGCGGCGCCGUCCGCUGCGCGUGCGGCUCGCACUUCUCCGUGAAGGCCCAGGCGCAGGCCUCGGAGUCGGACGUCCUGGGCAGCGACUCCGACUAG